AUCUUAUGGGUCCUCAGAGCCCUGGACUGGGUCUGGUCCCCCAGGGGGAUUCUUUUAACAAGUCACUCUACAAUUUAUGAAGUCUGUACUAUACGUUGAGCCCUGUGUGUGGCGCGGCAGCUUUAUCAGUGAAUGAGAUGCAGGCCCUGCCCUACUGGAGUCCACAGUUCGGGGAGCUAGAAAGGUAACAACGAUAGCGAUGUCCAGCAAGGUGGCCAUUGGCAGCGACAUCGGGCAGGCCCGCCGGGCCGUGGAGCAGCUGCGGGUGGAGGCGGGCAUCGACCGCAUGAAGGUGUCCAAGGCGGCUGGUGACCUGCUGCAGUUCUGCGCGGAGCAGGCCAAGAGCGACCCCUUCCUUGUGGGUAUCCCGGCUGCCACCAACCCCUUCAAGGAGAAGAAGCCCUGUGCCAUCUUGUAACCCACGUCCCCGACCGCCCAGGAGGCCUCAAUAAAAAGGAAGUGAAUGAUCCUC